AUGAAAGCCUUUCCCUACUCCGCCAUUGCAGCUGUCUUGUCAGCAAGCAGCACCUUUGUGGGCGGACUCGCCGCCAACGUCACCAUUUACCAACCCAGCGUCGCAUUUGUACCAACACCACUCCCGGCUCCAGGUCCAGCCAGCAACUUCGAAGCCAUCAUCGAACAGUUCAACCUGCUCGGACGCACAACGGCAUGGAACCUGGUCAAGAAGAUCAAGUUUGAAGGCGACACCGGCGAGCCCGAGGGCAUGGUCAACCUGGGCGAGGAGCGCUACAUCCUCGGCGGCGGCCAAUGGACCAACAAGACGGUCUCGUACGGCAAAAACGUCAUCAUCAACGGCACCGACCGCACGCCUGGAUCUGGCUACGCGCACUUGACCGUGUACGACGGGCAAGGCAAGCGCAUCGCCGACGCGACCCUGACCGAGCCGGGCGCCAUCGAAUACCACAUCGGCGGCAUCGAGUACGACGGCGAGAAGAUCUGGGCCACCAUCGCCCAGUACCGACCCAACACCACCGCGACCAUUGUCUCCGUGGACCCCACGACGCUGGAAGACCAGAACGUCUUCCACUAUGCAGACCACCUCGGUGGCAUCGUGCACGACACCCAGAAACUGGAACUCAGCACGUUGAACUGGGGCGCGCGCAACGCUUCAGUCUGGGACUUGAAGACCGCCCCCGGAGCAGCCUGCCCGUACCCGGCAUUCAGCCAGCCGAAAUCCGUGGCCAGGAAUCCGACUUACUUUGUCGACUAUCAGGACUGCAAGUUCCUAGGUUAUUCCCAGGUAUACGCCGGCCGUCCGACCAUGAUGUGCUCGGGUGUCGCGACGUACUCGAACAACGUGACCGUCGGGGGCAUCGCCAUCGUCGACACAGAGACAAUGGUGCCGUACUCCGAGGUGCCCGUGACCCUGGUCAGCGAUCUGGGGACGCCGAUCACCCAGAAUCCUUUCGACGUCGCGCUUGUGAACGGGAGAAUGCGUCUGUAUUUUUUGCCCGACCAGCGCAACUCGACCUUGUACGUCUACGAGGCCGAGGAGGAGAGUCCGUAUGAGUAUUAA